AAAUGGAAAAACAGGGUCUGCUUAAAAGAUCUCAUUUCAUUUGCAUAGGAGCGGCGAAGCAGCAGGGGAGAAAGAACCGGAGGAUCUAGGGUUUCCUCGGAUCUCUCUGACAUGUCACCUGGACGUCGAUCCAUCAUCGAUCGCGAUCGGUUGUUCCCCGCCUCGCCGGUUGCGUCGUCGACGGUGUCGUCCGUUAGGGCUUCGAUUGCGGAGGGGGAGGAGAAGGAGGGUCUGAAUUCCGGGACUGUCUCCGAUUGAGAUCGAAAGCGAAAAAAAAGAAGCAAUCGAUCGAUUGAUAAUCACGUAGCGAUUGCCUUCGAUCGUGUGCUCGCGUCGAGAAUCGGGAGCAGGGAGGGGGAAAAAGGAGUGUUUUUUGUAGAGGAAUCGGUAACAUGCGGGGAUCGCAGAAAUGGAAAAGGGUCACUUGGGCUUCGGACGUUAACCUUUGUCAGGUGAAGCUGUUCCUAUCAGAUGAAGCUCCUGUCCAAGUUGGGUUUGGUCCUCAAGAUCACCUUCAGGCCAAGACCUCGUGGCUUUUGCAUUCAAGUGGAGUUGGCUCUGAUGAUGCUCUACCUCCUGGUUUUGAAGCAGCCCAUCCUUCCAAUAACCUACAGAUUAAGGUGUCUGAAAUCCCUCUAAGCAAAUGGAAGUGUCCUCCACGAUUCUUGCUUCCUCAUGAAUGGCAAGUGGUUGCUGGGGAGGAAAGCAAAGAGGUUGAUGUUCAAAAUCAGAGGGAGAUGAGAGUGCUAGAGGCAGUUUAUCCUCGUCCAUCUGCCAUUCCUCAAAAUCCUGUAGCUUCAUCAGACUUGCAAGAUUUCGAUCAGAAUGAUUCACAAAUUCCGUUGGUGCCAAUUUUGCCCAUUGAAGAUGAAGAGACACCAGGAGACGCAUCAUCUGACUUUGUUCCCCAACUUGGUGUUCCGGUCACAUCACAUCCAUCACUACUGGCUUCUGGAGUUUCUCAUCCCCUUCAGACCAUGGGACCUGUCAUUGCAAACACUGCCGCCAAUCAGAACCUUACCUCUAGUACAUUGCAUGGUGUAGAACCCGAUGUGGCAGCAGCUGCAACAGCUGCCUUCACUGCACUAAUGAAGAGCCACGAGCACGGGAACAUGAUUGACCAGGAGCUGCUGAUUCAGAUUCUGAGUGACCCCAAAAUGAUCGAAAAGUUGGUCAAAGAUUACGGGACCAUCACCGAAGCGCAGAUGCAGAUGCCACCAAACACGCGGGGAGGUUCAGUAGGUCUCUCAAAUCCUCCUAGCUAUGUCACUAGUGUAGAAACUGGAAUGCCUUUAGUAGCUACUUCUUCAAGCGGGCUCUCAUACUCUCACACAAGUGGGCCAUCAUUGUACUCUCAUCCUGCCGGCAUCAGAAUGGGACCGCCGCUGACUGCACCGCUUCCUCCCCAAACGGUCAUGCAAGCUUCUUCUUCCUCCGCCAUCAGGACCGCCGCACCAGCUAAAGAUCUCAAUUAUUACAAGAGCUUGAUCCAGCAACAUGGAGGAGAAAGACGAGAGACUCCCCAACAGUACGGUAACCCUUACGGCCACCAACCGUUGACAAUUCAGGAACCCGCCAGUAAUCCUAAAAUAAGAGAAUCAAAGGGUAAAAUAAUGAAGCCUUGUAUAUAUUUCAAUAGUUCGAGGGGGUGUAGAAAUGGAGCCAAUUGCGCGUAUCAGCACGAUACAUCGCUCCCGCCGCGCAGCAGUGGCAUGGCAGAGCCGCAAAAUGCAAAAAGAAUGAAACUUGACAGGGAGAUCACAGGUAGUACCUAAGGGAAGAACAUGCUUGUGCAGAAAUGUUCCUGCAUGUACAUUUUUUCCUGAUGGCGGUGCAAUUGCGGCCCCAUUUUCUGCUUAUGUUGCUUGCCUUUCGAGGCAAAAAUAGUUUGUCUCCAGCAAUUUUUGAUAUUUUUCAAUACAAUCGGAUUCAGCUUCGAAAAGCUUGUGUGGGAAAUUCUCCCUUGCUGUUUUGCCUUUUCUUUUUUCUCGUCUUGUUCUUCUCUAAGAAAUUUUCUUGCUUUUACAACC